AUGGCUACCCCUAGUGUCCUAGCUUUUGACGCUGAGGGUCGCGCCAUUGACUUUGAGGUCUGGGUCGACGACCUGCAGCUGUUCUUACAUUGCGAUAGGGCAGACAGUCUUUCUCUCUUUGACCUCACCUCUGGCGCCGUCCAUGCCCCUGCUGCUGAUGCUGACCCCACUGUUCGCUCCCAGUGGGCCACACGCGACGCUGCUGCACGUCUUGCUGUGCGUCGCCACCUGCCUACCGCUGAGCUCACCCGCCUCCCUGACUCCCUUCGUGUAGUCCGGGACCACUUCCUCGCGGUCUGUCCCACCACUCUCACAGUCGACCUCCUAGAGAAGGCCCUCCUAGCGGCGGAGAAGAGCAUCGUCACUGUAGGAGCCUCUCGAGGUGACCCCCGCACCCCCAUCUUUGAGGGGUGUUCUCCUUCCCCUCUCUUGCCCUCUGUUGCCUCUGCCGCUGCGGCCGACCUCGUUGGUCUUGACUCGGUCGGUGCGGCGUCUGCCCCUAGCGGAAGACACCGCCCUGGCAAGGGCAAGGGGGGCAAGGGGGCGGGUGGAGCUAGCGGGGGCGGUGGAGGUGGAGGUGGAGGCGGCGGAGGGAGUGGGGGUGGCGGUGGAGGUGGUGGCGAGGGUGGGGGUGCUUGUGGCAGCAGUAGAGGCGGAGGCAGUGUCGGCGGCGGCGGUACUGGCGGGGGUGGCGGUGGUGGCGGAGGUGGAGGAGGCGGAGGUGGAGGUGGUGGAGGUGGUCGCUUCACAUUGGAGCGGCGCUGGGGGUGGUCAGCGCCAACAGCAGCAGCAGCAGUAGUAGCAGCAGCGUUCUCACGACGUCCCCACCCCUCAGCAGCUCCGUGA